UAAGCAGCAAAAGAAAGAAAGAAAUAAUCUAACGACCCAAGUAGAUGCAAUCAAUGAAUUGUCGGCUAAGGUGGCUGCCAUUUAUUACGUUUCAGGCUUUGUGUUUGAGGUCCACUUGACAACUCCGUCCAUUUCGCUAUGACACACCACAAUUUUGCCUCUAAUUGGUUCAUCUUUCUUUAUCAUAAAAUUUAAUCAAAGUGAAAACACAACCAUAAAAAUAUUCCUAUUAUAAUCUAUAAACAUAAACCCCUACAUAAUAUACUCGCUUUGUUUAUAGCCUUAUGGUAUAUAUAUGGUAUAUAGUUUCAUUUCAUGUCUAUUUAUGUUGUUCUUAUAUACCACAGCUUGAGCCUUGAACACAGCAAUUCUUGAGAUUUAAGAGUGUCAUUCAAUCCAAUGCUUUUAUUCUUGAUAUCUUGUUUCUCUUUUAUUCUUCUAUCCAAGUCAUUGUCUUUCAAGAACCAAUAUCCAAGAAUGAAGGGCGAGUGGAGAUUGUUGUCUCCAUGGUUUUGGGAAGGAUUCUCAAGCUUUAUGGUGUCCUGGUUCCAAAAGGGUAGGCUUGGAAUCUGUUUCUAUCAGCUUCCUAUGAUCUUGACAUUGAGAAAGAAGAUGAGGCUUGGUCCCAAGGUGGAUAAUGUGGAGGAAGAAAGGAUUUCUCUGCUGGAUUUGCCUGAACUCACUCUAGAAUGCAUUCUAGAGCGCCUUUCACCAGCUGGACUGUGUAGCAUGGCAGGUGUCUGCUCUUCCUUUAGGGAGAGAUGUACAAGCGAUCAUCUGUGGGAGAAACACAUGAAGCAGAAAUGGGGUAAAGUGAUUGGCGAUGCUGCUCAUAGGGAAUGGCAAUGGCAUAUUGCUUCAAGAAAGAGACCGAACCUAUUAGGUCCAAGUAAGCAAAAGGGGUUUCUGGGAUCUCUUACAAACAUGUGGCCUUUCUCUUGGUUUACACCAAAUUUAGAAGGCAGUAGUAGCCAGCGGAAAACUGAUUUGCCAAAUGAUUCAAUGAUGUCCUGGUAUCUAUCUCUGGAAACUGGAAAAUUCUGGUUCCCGGCACAGGUCUAUAAUCGUGAGAAUGGACAUGCUGGGUUUAUGCUAUCAUGUUAUGAUGCCAAACUUUGCUAUGAUUCCAAGACAGACACCUUCCAGGCAAGGUACUCACCUCACGGGCAGCGAACAACAGAGGAGUAUAUAUCCUGGGAUAGGUUAAGAGUACCACCAGUUGAUACACCUUCACAUGUUCUUCACAUUUCUGAUUGCAUACCUGACUUAAAACCGGGUGAUCAUAUUGAGAUCCAGUGGAGAAGAAAUAAAGAAUUCCCCUAUGGGUGGUGGUAUGGUGUCGUCGGCCACUUGGAAUCAUGUGAUGGAGCUGAAAAUCACUGCCGUUGCCAAUAUACAGAUGCAGUGAUACUAGAGUUCAACCAGUACCCUGCUAGCUCGAGAUGGAGAAAAACAAUAAUCAACAGAAAAGACCAUAGAGAAGUAGGCAAUGAAGCUGAUGGAUUUUAUGGUGGAAUAAGAAAGCUUUGCAAGGAAGAAGAGAUCUUAAUGUGGAAACGUCUGUGGCCGAAUCAAGUCUUAGAAUAGUCCCAAGUAUCUGCUUUUUUCCCCUCAUGCUUUGUACAUAUAUAUAUAUGCCACCCUUAUUUUUCUUGCUCCUUGAAUUGUGAAUGGAAAAAAAGUUUAAAAUCCAUAUACAGAAACUAUUCUAUAACAUUUACAUUAGGCUUCUAUAUAUACUUUUUGACCUCACCACAUCAAUUGUACCUUGAGCACCAAGCUACAUAAUUUUUGCUCAUAAA